GGAAUAGCAAGGCGAGGUUGUGUCGGCGUGUUUGAAGAGACAGCUCGCUCCUUUCCCAUUUGCUCUCCAUUCUGGUCGCUGGUGCAAUCCCAGAAGGAAAUAAAAGGAAGGCCUCAUGGCUUCCGGGAGCCCCAGAAAGAGGUUUUGGGAGGAAACGACUUGCCCCAUCUGCUUGGAGUGUUUUGUGGAACCAAUGACUCCGGCUUGUGUGCACAACUUUUGUCGCAAUUGCAUUAUGCAGUCAUUGGACAAAUCUCCCACAAGCACCUUGUGCCCACUCUGUAAAAGGAGUUUUUGCCCAGAGGACCUGAAGCCAAACUACAAUGUGGGCGGCUUCAGUUACAUAAGCAGACUUCUGAGCAACCUGGAAGAGGUGGACUGUGAGAGGCAUCAUGAUCCCCUGAAACUCUUCUGCAACAGUUGUGCAACCCUCCUCUGCACCUCAUGCACAAAGGAGCACCAAGAUCAUGACAUAGUUCCAGCGGAAGAGGUUGCCAAAGAGUUCAAGGACUGGCUUUCAUCUUCUGUGAAGUCAUGGGAGAAACUGAAAGACGAGAUGAUGGAGAAUUACUUAUCCACACGAGACAAGGGGACAUUAGCCCUUAAGCAGAUUGCAAGAGAGAGGCAGAAUAUGGCAGUCAGGUUCCAAGACCUGUGGCUGUUUCUAAAGAGACAAGAGGAUCUUACGCUGACCCAGAUGAAACAGACUGAGAAGCAGAUGGAGAGGAAGAGGGACCAGCGUAUGGAUCGACUCUACCAGAGGCUCGCCUCCCUGGAGGGUCUUAUCCAGGAAGUGGAGAAGAAGAAGGAGAUGCCUGCCAAUCAGCUCUUGAAGAAUGCUGGCAGCCUAUUGAAGAGGAGCAGGAAGCUGGUGAAGUUAAAUAAUCCAUCGGGUUUUCUUCCUGUACUACGCCGGAAAGUCUUGACCAUCACUAAUACCAGCGCGAUUCUGGAGAGGGCCAUGAAAGAAUUUGAAGAUUCGGUGUCCUCCGCUACUAGCAGCAGAAAGCUGAAAUAAUUUUGGACAGUGCUGAUAUUGAGCUCAUUCUAUGAAAGGACUGCAAGGAAGUGUGGUACUGACCGACCAACAGCAAGUUCUGCCCUUCACUUUCAAAGAUUUGUGUACUAGUUGUGCAUACUAGUCAUGUGUGCAGGACUACAGUCUACCUUCUGUAAACAUGUUGCUGGGAAUUAGAUGUGGGGAAUGAGGGUGGCUGGUUUAUGGAUGUGUCAACGCUAGCUAGUUGUAGAGGGGUUUUAGUAGUUUAGUUUAGUUUAUUUAUGAUUUAUAUCCCGCCCUUCCCACCAAGUGGCUCAGUAGAAGUUGUUUGACACCAGCACUGCAGUCUUUUCCUGAAUGUCUGAAAACUGCUUUUCUACUUGUGGUUAUAUGCAUGACUCUGUUGUAUUGUCCUUAUUGUGUGUAUUUUAUGGUGAACAGGACGCUCUUGCACAUUCAAAGUAUUUAUAUUGGUUUUCCCCACAAUUAAUUCUUUGAUGCACAGAAAAUUUUUCCUCUGUAACUGAAGCUUUUUACACACUCAAAAGCAUUUAUACGGUUUCUCCCCACAGUGAAAUCCUUUGGUGAGUAGCGAGGCCUCUCUUGCAGCUACAGCCCUUUCCACACUGCAGGUAUAUGGGUUCUCUCCUGUGUGACUCCUUUGGUAAACAGCAAGGUUUUUCUGUGACUGAAGCCAGGGGUGGCCAGACUAUGGCUCAGGAGCCACAUGUGGCUCUUUCAGACAUUGUGUGGCUCUUGAAGCCCCUACUGCUCCAUCAGCCAACUUGGAAAAGGCAUUUCUCUUUAAAUCACUUCUCCAAGCCAAGCCAGUGGCUUGCAAAAUGCAUUUAAAGUUGCUUUCUUUCCACCUCUGCUUCCGCCCCCAAUCUAUUGCCUGCCUGCCUUCUCUCAAACAUCUGAUGUUCAUAUUUUGCGGCUUUCAAACAUCUGCCACUUAUUCUGUGUGGCUCUUAUGUUAUGCGAGUUUGACCACCCCUGACAGAAGCUCUUUUCAUACUCCAAUCAUGUGAAUGAUUCCUCACCUUUGUGUCGUCUUUGGUGAUUGGUAGGGUGUAUUUUCUGUCUGAAGCACCACACUGCAGACAUGUGUGAUUCUUUUGGUGAGUAGUAAGGCUGACUGCCUUUACAUACUGAAGGUGUAUGAUUGAAAGUCUUUACGCUGACUUCUGCUCCUGGUUUCCUUCCCGCUUCAGUCUCCCUUGAUUCCUAGCUGCUUCUACUGCCAUGUUCUUUUCUCUUCUGACACAGAUUUCAUCUCCUUUUUGAAUGCAGAGAGAAACCCAAUAAAAACCCAGUGUAAACAGA